CCACCACCACCCCCGUUGGCUGCGGACUUGUGUGUGACCACCACCAACCGGAGGACUGAAGCCGAGUAGACUCACGACUUGUGUUUCAGUCGACUGCCGUCCACCGUCGAGACCGCACGUUGCCCAAAACACCAAGCGCCAGUGAGGGACUUUGCUCUCCCGCUGUCUUCUUCCCAAGUUUCUCCUCUCAAUCCUAAAAGAGAAAGAAGAAGGUGGUUGCCAUGUUCAACGACACCCACCGGAUCAUUUUUCUCUAAUUUAAACCAAAAAGGGCCCCCUUGUUCUUAAGGAAUUUCCCACUCGACGACGACUACACCAGGCCGUUUCUCAUCCGCCCAAAAAAAGGAUUUUCGAGUGAUUCAAAGUUGACUUUUUUAUUAUUUGCCCCGCGGCUAUCACCAUGGAUACGGUCGACAUUGACACUAUCGACGAUGAGGAUGUCCUCAAACAAAUGUGGCAAGUGACGGAGGAUUUCGCUGAAAAGAGACGCAUCCGCGCCCGGAUGUACAAGUUGCGUGAAAAGCGUCUCAAGGAUUUCUACACUUCGGAUGAUGUCAUGACGGCCGGAAGUCCGUCGGCCGCUUCCCUUCCGUCCCAGUCGGCCACUUCGUCGUCGUCUUACAAUUUCUCGACGACCAGCGCCGCCACUACGACGACAUCCAUCACGUCCUCAUCCGCCAUGGAAACGGACGAGACGGAUGGAAUCAACAGCCAACAGAAGCGUCGCAACGACGCCAAUCAGGAGGAAGACGCCGUUAGUGAGAAAAUCCGCCGCAAGAGUAGCGUCCGCACUAAACGCUACCAGAUGGUAUUGGCCGCUUCCGGCGAUGCCGACGCAUCCAGCGAAUCCACCACCACUAAAAUGGAAACGAGUAGCGAACAACGGGCCAUGACGCCCGACUCGCUUUCCGGCAGUCAACAGCUGAUUAUGGCGGCCGAUGAACAAAUUCAAAAGAGCCUCAGCAUCCGGCCGGAAGAAUUGAGCAUUUCCGUUUUAUCGGAUUCUUCCUACCAGGAAUUGAAAUCGUCUUCCCAUCGCCGAGAAUUCCAGGAGGGCGACAUUCUCACCAUCCAGGAGGUGACGGAAACUUGGAGGCGCAUCCGGGAAUCCGGCCAAUCGAAUCCCGUCACCCAGCGCGUCACUUUGACCAAAACGAUCCGCCAGAGGGUCUCUGACGGCGCCGUACUGGAGGAGAAUGAAGACGAAGUGAUUGACGACAUUGACGACGACACUCAAGGAUCCGGAUCGGGCGGAAUCACAGCCGUUGAUGCUGCCCUGAGGCGAUCGUCCAUCAUCGCCAUCACGACGACCAACGACGUUGGCGUCGAGGAGAGUGCCACUGUGGCCAAGAAGAAGUUUGAGACGGGCGUCAUUGACGACAACGUGUCCGAGGCGGAUUCGCUGGAUAAUAAUUUGCCCGAGCCGGACAAUGUGGACACCCACAGUCUGGCCGAUAGUUUGGAGUUGAACCAGACGACGUCGACGACGUCGACUUUUACUUCGAUGACGACCCAACAGCACCAGUCGAUCAACCAGGACAGUUUCAUCCGCAUGGAUUCGGAUGUUUCCAAUCAAUCGGUCGGCAAUCUGGAAGAGCAAGUGGAGGAGCUCAUUGUUCCGGAAUCGAAACCAGCCACUGUGACGACUAGCAGCGCCACUAGGACGAAGCGGACGCCAUCGGAAUCACCUUCUAGAGGUGGGGCCACAGCUCCGGCCAAGAAACGGGCCGAUUCCGCCGAACUGCGCAGACAAACAACAGCGGCAUCCAACACGACAAGUCGCACUGGAUUGGGCGGAAUUAACCGCAACGCUUACAGCUCUUCCAACACAUCCAGCGGCGCUAAUAAAUCGAGCGCCAAAUCGCCAUCAUCUCCAUCCGCAUCUCUGAUCAAGUGCAGCAUUCCCCGUCUAACGAGCACGCCCAUCUCUGCCCAGAAGGGCAAGAAACCGGCCGUGGCCGAUUCGCCGGCGGCUGAUGACUCGGUGACGGAAUUUUUGCAAUUGGAGAAGGAAAUCCAGUCGGAAAAGGUGGAAGACGUCAGCAAAACGACCGGAAUGAAACGUCCAGUCACGUCGUCCAACAGACCGACGACUCCCGUCUCGAGUCGCAAAGCGGCCGAGCCCGUCUCGACCCGCUCGACGUCAUCCAGCCGAGUCACAUCCGUCUCGUCUUCUACUCCGGACAAUAAAAAAGGAAUGGCUGCCAAAACGACCACCAGCGUCAACCGGUCGUCAACUUCAACCACCACCACCACUUCAACCGGAAGGAAGGAGCUGGCCAGUCCGUCUUCGACUAAGCCGGGCUCAUCCAUCGGCCGCCCAACAAUGAUCCGCACGGUGGAAACGACCAGGACCAUCACCGUGCGUGACCGUGACGAGGAUAAACCAUGGCGGGUCAAUUCCAGCAGCAGCGCCAGUUCCAGCAACCGAUCCAAAGGUAUUUCGGGCAUCGGCCGUCCGGCCCGGAAGGAUCUGCACAACAACGUCAUGAGUGUUGUGGAAAAGUAUGUGGACACUGAAGGCUGCGCACUGCACGGAUCCCAUCCGCACAUCCAUGACGACGACGACGGCCAUCAUCACCACGACGGUCAUUCACCAUCGCCUCCGGCGCCAGAGGGCCAAAAACCGGCCAUUGAUGAAGAAGAGCCGGUGGUGGCGCCACCAGCGCAAACGAACGGAGUAGAAGCAGAUGAACCGGAAGAUUUGUCAUCCGCUACUCCACAAGAAGAGGAGACGCCAGUGGCGGAAGUUGUGGCUGAAAGUCGAGAAGAGAAUCCGAUCCAACGUCCCAAGAAAUUGUCUGUGACAAUGCAUCCGCCGAUGGAAGGAGCCGUCGAGUGCGCCACUUCACCUUUGAACAAGAGCGGCAGUCGAUUGUCGAUCGCCAGUCCAGUGCUGGGCAGCCCGUCGGUCGUCAAAAAGGCUCGCUCCCUUUUCCAUUCCGAUUCGUUUGAUGGAUCGGAGGCUCCUAAAGCUCCUGAAUCGGUGGCAGCUGCUCAGACGGCCACUGGUGGCACGGCGUCCAUCUCUAAAAUCCGCUCGUCUUUUGAAAGUUCGUCGACAUCCAACACUUCGACCAUCAAGAGGGAAAACACGAAGCUGUGGGAGCCGGCCAACCGGAUCAACAAGCUGGACCGUCCGUCUUUGGUCAAGGACGUGUCCGAUUCAUCGAGCACCAAAUCAGUGCCCAUUGCCCGUCCCAACAGUAACAAUUCCGGUUUAUUUUCCAAGUCGCGUUCCCCAUCGCCAGCCAAGGAGAUCGCGACGCCCACGGCGUCUGUCCGCCAACCGACGCCAACACAACAGGAAUCGACACCUGUUGCAUCUGCUGUUACACCUGCAGAUGACACUCCAUCCCUGCCCAGCGGAGCCAAUCAAGUCAUUGAGGAUAUUGAAGAUUUGACUUUGUUGGAAAACAUGUUAAACACGGCCACCAAUUAUGACGAUAGGAGCCGCAUCCGCGCUCACAUCCGCACCGUCAAAAAGAAAUUGGGACUGGCCAUCUCUUCGCCCAUGCCACAGCGGAAAGCCGCACCAGCUCCAGCGGCCGCUGUUACUACCCCCAAACCAUCUGAACCGGCCGUCAACCGGAAUAAACUUCCGGAUUUCAAGAAAAAGGAGCCGUCACCUGUUCCGGUGGCUCCUGUCGAAGCCAAGAAGGAGCCGGUGGUGGCUCCUGUUGCCGAGGAACCUGUUGUCAAGUCCUUGCCAGAACCGGUAAAGGUCGAGCGACUGUUGGAGGACGUUGAAAUGAGUUCGUCCGUCUCGACUCUGUCGUCCAGCACGACGACAGUGACGGAAGAGACAAUGACGAGCGAGUCGGUGAGCCGGAAGACGUCACUGACGCAGCAGCAGACGAAAAAUGUGCGCAAAAUUAGUCAGCCGUACGACAGCCGGUCGGAGACGAAAGAAUUUGUCCCGCGGGUGGCCGAGGAGCAGCCGACGGUGACGGUGGCCGACGGCGACCAGGUCAACGGUGACGUCACCUCCUCAUCAGCAGCAGCGGCAACCUCGUCGGAUCAGGAAGGAUCUUCCGAGACGUCCAGUCCUAAAAUGAGCCGGGCACCGUGGCGUCGCCAGUCGUCAGAGGCCAAUAUGAUGGUCAAAACGCCAACUCACCUGCCCGAGCCGGAAUCUAAUCCGGAGACGCUCGACAUCACUUCCAGUUACGGAACUGGACCCAUGGAUGAGAAUGGACGUCCACUUUUCGGUCUGGGCGCAUUGCGUCGUCGUCCGACUAAACCGCUAAACCUUCCCGGCGCCCCGGAAGAAGGUCAAGCUCCGCAGCCGAUCAUUAUUGAGCGAUCGCAAACGCUGACGGAAUUGCAAAAGUUGCACGAAUGGCAAACGAUCCAGCAACAGCCUAAAGGCGAACUGGAACCGGUGGAGAAGCCGCGUGCCAAAUUACGCGACACUUUUACCAAUUCGAUGGACACGGAAUCGGACGGCGAUCGGGCCGAGCCCAUCAUCAGCGAGCGCAGUCAAGCCCUGCGUGAAAUUAUCCGCAUUCACGAGCAGCAAGUGUCGAGCGCCGAAGCUACGGCCGUUGAAGCCCCGCCACCGUCGCCCACUCGCCCCAAAGCCAAACUGAAGGAUUCCUUUGUGGCGCCUAUCGACUCGCCGGAUGAACCCGACCAGCCGUCGAUGGAACAGACGAUCGAAUCACGCUCAGAGUCGUUCCAGACGAUCAUCAAACGACACCAGGAAUUGUCGACUUCACAGGCUCCUACCGGCCCGCUGGCCUCGCCGCCCAUGAAACGGCCGGGAAUUUUGAAGAAGCCCAAGGAUUGGUCGUCACCGUCACCGCAAGAGGUGCCAUCUCCCGUCAAAGACGACGACCACGACCAACUGACGUCAUCACGCAAGACGUCGCAGGUGGAAUUGACGACGAUGGAGACGACACGCAAGGCCAGCAUCGAGUCGAGCAUCGAAAUCCAAUUGAAUCCGGUGCAGAGCUCGUCGAUUGUUGUGACGGAAAUUCCGGCUUCCGGUUUGAUGGAUCGCCGCAGCAGCGGAGUGGCCACUCCUUACAGCACGAUCCAGUACAACAGUGUCCAGGACGUCAAGAUGGACACCCGACGCGGAUCCCAGCAUCAGCAGCCGCGCAAAUUCUCGGUCGAGGUGGAACCGUCGUCCGUCCAGACUCACACAUCCAGCGUUACUCUGCCAACCAAUCCAUCAGCUGUUCCGGCCAGGACUCCUGUCCCUACCGUCGCCCCUGCGCCUUUUGUCUUGUCGGGCGAAACGACGGGCCAUUCGAUUCGUUCCACUUCGACAUUCCAACUCCAGUCGCAUUCGUCUUCUUCCGUCGCCGGAAGGAAUACGUCGACUGUCGUUGCGCCCACCGCAUUGGCUCCUGGCAGGAACACGUCGACUGUUGUUGCUCCUCCAGUGGCUCCUGUGCCGACGGGCGACGACCCGACGCCUUGGCGUAGGAAAUCCAUUCCGAGAGAGCCGUCGCUUCCGCGAGACGUGGAAGUCACUACUACUCCUGCCGUAGUGGCUGCUCCGCCCACCGUUUCCUCCGCAUCAAUUAUUCCGAAAAUGGCCGAGAUUCCGCCGGCACAGCCGCAACAGCCUGUCCAGUCGCGAGUCAGCAUGGCCAAGCUUUCCAUGAACCAAGAGGCCCCGCCUACUCCUCUUCCGGUUCAGACUAGCAAUUACUCUCCUGCUUCUCCGCUUCCGCUGCGAUCCAACCGGAUGUCUUCCACAUCCGCAGUGACGAUGUCCAGCACCGAAUCGACCGCUUCUUCGCCAUUCCAGCGGACGGGCAGCAUCAACAAUCGCUACCGUCCCAGCCAGCCGGAGAACAACGCCCCGUUCGGAUCGGGUGGUGAGCCGCGAGUGAAAACUCUUCCGGCGACGGGCGCUUCAGUCCGUGCCCUGGCCCAAAAGUUCCUGGUGUCGGGUGAUGAAAAGAAUCAGCCGCAGGCGAGCAAAUCAUCCGCCUACCCCAAGGCCGGUCUCAUCUUCCGCUCCAACAGUUUCCGCUCGCAAAACAAUGGCGACGGAAGCGGAUCCAUCGGUCUGGUCCGCUCCGAAUCCCUCCGCAUCUCCCCCGCUCGGAGCCGAGUGUCGAUGGAUCGACAGAGCCAGGAGCGUUCGAUGGAUGAAAAUGGAUUGUCAUCUAGACGGGAGAGCCACACUUUUGUGUCCAGCAGCGAACGUCGAACUUCUUACAAUCAAACGUCGACGGCCACUGUCAACAACGAGCCAUCGGCUCCUGUUGCCCCGGUGGAAACGGGGUCGAAUUUCACCUCGACAACGUCGAAAUCUUUCCUGCAGGAUCGCACUCCAGUCAGAGGAAUGCAGGACAUAAUUGGACGCAUGCGCGCCGGAGAUGCUGGAUCGGGAGCCGCUGGCAGUGAGGACGAGCGCUCCUUGUCGCUGCUCAACAAACUCAUUGGCGCACAAAUUCUGGUGCAGUGCACGGAGCAGGCCGCCUCUUCUGCCGGCCUCAUUCCCCUUGGUGCAGCAGGUGACAAAAGUGUACUAGUGUCGUCGCAGCAGCAGCAACCGGAAGGAUCCGUCCAGUCGUUUAGUUCGUGCACCGAAGAGCGAAGCGCCGACGGAACGAGAUUGAGCCGGACAGCGACGCAGCAACGGACGGGAUCGUCUUUUGAAUCUGGACAGGACGAGGACAGUGGCACGUCGUGGACCCGUCGCUCAUCUUCAACGGCCAAAUUCCAAACGACUCGAACCAGCACCGUCCAGCAUCCAACCGCCACCCAACUCGCCAUCGAUGACCAUAUUGGAAACGGCGUGGGAAUUGUUGGAGGCAUUGGAAUAGGCACAGGAAUGGCGCAAACUUCUUCGUCUUCUUCUAUAUCGGGAACAGCUGCCGGCCGGGCCGCCACUACCGCGGGCUGCGUGAUUGACGGCAUCGACAUCAGCACGUGCACCGACGAUUUCAAGCUCAACGAAAUGCUGGAUAAUUGCAACGAUUACGAGACGAGACGUCAACUCCGCGCCCGCAUCAAGACUCUGCUCAGCGACGUCAAAGUCAACGAUGGCGACACUCUUCUUCCUUCUUGCUCCCAAUCUUCUUCCUCUUCCGUUUCAUCUUCUUCUUCUUCCGGCACUGCCAACUCGCCAAACGUGACGCUAGUCAAUCAGGUCGCCAACAGCGACGUCAUGGACUGGGUCAGACGACAGGCUCAGACCCUUCACUCAACGACAAACGACAGCAACAACCAACAACAACAACAAGUUGAAGCUCCUCCUCUUCCCAACGAUUUACCUGCCCAUCCAGCGGCGCUUCAGUCGCAAGAAAGCGGAGAAUUGUUCGACUCCGGCACGGAAUCGGGUGAAGAUUCUACGACGCAAUCGAAUCACAGCCAGUCGGAUUUGAAUUCCUUCAUGGCUAAUUUAGCCAAACUCUCGCUGGAACAACACCAACCACAACAACAACAACAGCCAAGUCUGCCUUCGACCGCACCGCCGGAAGAGACGAUUCCGGCUGCGCGAGAUUUCCUCCGCCAAGUCGACAGCGUUUUGGAUCGACUGAAAACGUCACUGCAACCCGACGAUUUGGCGGAAUUCAAUGCCGGACCCUCGGCGGCUGAUCACCAAGAAGUUCUCCACCAGCACCUCGCUUCCGGCGGAUUAGACAAACAGUGGCGGAUUCAUCCGCAACAGCAAUCUGAAUUGAUUGGGCUCAUUGACCGGCUGAAAACGUCGUUGAAUCACCUGCAGGCCACCGACAGUCAACCCGUCGCACCGGUUCCAGAUCCGCCCGUCCCAGCGACUCCGCCCGUCCCUGCCACACCGGUUCGAUCCGUUGCAACUCCCGUCCAGUCGAGUCCAGCCAAACAGUCGCCGACUAGGACGAAACCGGUCGAAAGUCCGAAAGUUGAAGGGAAGACGGGCAAAGCGACGGCGACCAUCACAGUGGCCAGUCCACCGGGAUCGGUCAAUUCUUUGACGGGCAUCACGUGCGUGAAAUUGCGGGCGAAAACCUUCACGACGGCCCAAGUGGAACGGCCAGUAUCUCGACCCAAUUCCUUUUUGUUGAACGUGUCCAGCAGCGAUCCAGCCGAGCGUCAAACGAACCGACUGUCGUGGCGUUCCAGUUCCGAGCCCAACACGCCCGUCACCAGUCCCAGUCCCACGCCAACGCCCAGUCCACUCCCGCCUCCCAAAAUUCAUUGGCGAUCGCCCAAAGAUUUCCUGGCCACGACAACAACGACGACGGCCUCGGCUGCCGUUUGCCGACCCGUUUGGUGUCGUGACACGUCCAGCAACAACAACAACAAUUCCAGUUGUGCAGCGCCGGGCAAAAUCAAGUUGCUGGAAAAAUCGGGCAUUCGCGGUCGAUUUGUCCAACCGGAAUUGAAUCCAGCUCCUGUCGUCACGCCUAAAAUUCCGGCGCCGGCCGUCCGGUUGCCUUCCUUCUCGUUGAAUAAAGUCCAGCCGGCCUCGCCACCGUCGCAUCAAAACUCACGACCGCAGACGCCACAGACGCCUCAAACUCCUCCUGCCCAGGUAACGGCCUUGACUCUCCAGCAGCCGGCCCGGCCUUUGCAGAAACAGAAGCAACCCGAACGGCCUGUGCAGAAACAACAGCAACAACAACAGGCCGAACGGCCCGUUGUCCAGUUGAAACAACCGGAACGGCCAGUUGACAAACAACAGAAACCGGUUGAACGGCCGGUUGAACGGCCGGUGGAAAAACAGAAACAACCGGAAAAGAUUGUAGAAAAGCAGCCGGAAGAAAUCAAGAAUUCGGAUUCUUCCAGCAGUCUCAGCAGCAGCCGGAAUAAGAGCAACAACAAUUCCAACGUUCCCUGGAAGGUGAAAUUGGCUAAAAAGAAAGCGGAACGAUCUCAAACGACGACCGGAAUGGACGGGCAAGUCAGCGUCGAUUUGAGGAAAUCCAUCCGCUUGGCGGCUGCCACCCGCAAAUCGAUGGAAGACAUCCGUGCGGAUGCCGCCGAAUCGCCGCCGGCCUCAUUCAAAUUGAAAACGUCGGAGCCGUCGGCCUAUCCGUUGCUGAAGCAGAAAUCACUGGGCGAAUUGUACGCGCCCAGGUUGCCGAAACCUUUUAUGCGGAGUGAAAGCGUCGGCGCCGCUGGAUCAUCUCCGUUCAACACGCCGGAUAUCAAAUCGAGUUCGCUGAGGAAAUUCAACUGGAACAGCAGCAGCCGCAGCUCGUCGGUCGACCGGAUCGGAUCCAUCGAUUUGUCAUCCGCACCGCAGACUCCGCUCUCACCUGAUCCGCCCUCACCUGUCGUCAUGGCAGCCGGUCUCAUGCCCAGCAAAUCGGGCCACAGUUGGGUCCUCUCCAUGAAAGCUGCUCCUCCUGCGGCUCCUGACAGCCCCAAAGUGCAACAACCUGUCCAGGCGGAAGAGAAGCAAGUGGAGAAACUGGUCCAGCAGGUCAAAGCGGAAGAGAAGUUAGUUCCCAAGGAGCCGGAAGAGAGCGAGGAGGAAGAAGAUGAGGAGGAGGAAGUGGUGACGGUUGGCGUUUUGAAUUUAGGAGCCAAAGAAGCUGAACAGGUCAAGGCUCCUGAACCAUCCGCAUCUUUUGUUCCGUUGGAGGAGCGACAGACGAGUUUGAAAACGGAUCCUUCGGCCGUUUUGUUCACGCCGGCCGAAACGUUGCAGAUCGCCAUCCACAAGGCGGCCAUUAAAGCCUCGCUGAGUCGCCAAAUGUCGGAGCGAAACAUUGGCGAUCCUUCGUCGCCAUCAUUGGCUCCUGAAUCGCCAGGGGCCAACAAGAAAACUCAUCCGCUGGAUGGAGCCAUUAAGCCCGAAAAAGCCAAUCCGCUGGUAGAAGCCGUUCAGAAGCAUCCUCCUCAACUUAUCCGGGCUAAAACGUCGCCCAAAUUGACUCCGCCUGCAUCCGCUUUCAACUUUAAAUCCGCACCUGUCGCGUCUCCUCCUCCGGUUGCUACUCUGCCGGAAGCUCCCCAGAAAGCAGCUGAUCCACCAGUGGCGCCAGUCGAAUCCAGCGACAAGUCCAGUUCAGUUCCUUCCGUCGAACCGGCGGAAGCUCAGACAAUUCCGCCUUUAUUGAAUCCAGCGAUUCAGAAGGAAUUGCAAAAGGCGGAGCAGUACAUCAAGGCGGCCAUGGCUCCUAUUCCCAGCUGGAAGGAGCGAGCCCGUCGCAGCAACACUGUAGCUUUCUCUUCCGGCCCUGGAUCGUCUUGGCGACCGGUCCAGGCUCCGUCGCAGAUGACAAUCAAGACGGAAAACGACCGCAAGUUUCAGAAUCUCUUCCAGAAGAACGCCGAGUCGCAUUCGACCGGAUUGGGCCGCUCUCUGCCUUCCGAUCCUUCCGGCGGAGGCAUGUGGACCAACAAAUUUUCAAACAUCCGCUCGUCGUUCGAGUCGCGACCGAAUUCGACGGCCACUACUCCGACGCAGAGUCGCAGCCGCCGGUCGAGUGCGGAUGACAACCAAGCCACCCAGGUUCCAUCCAUCACAGCCGGUCAUUUGCAGUUUCAGAUUAAACCGGAAUCGGAGAAGCCGACCACGCCCCAAUCGCCAGUGAUUCCAACUAAAACGACGAAACCUUUACCAAUCCAGCCGGAAGUCAAACAAUCGCCGCAACUGGCGCAGAAACAAUUCAAACCUUCUCUGCCGGAAGUGAAGCAGCAGCCACCACCCAAACCAAUCAAACCGAUUGAAGAGCCGGCGAAACCUUCCGCCAGUAAAUUGCCUCAGCCGGAAGAGCCGAAACCGGCCAUCAAUAUGCGGAUGAUCCCAACUGCAUUGCCGCAGGCCAGUCAGAUCAACGGAGCCAUUAGAAGUUCUUCCGUUGGGGGGACAUCCGCACUGUCCCCGCUGGUCAUUCGCAAGCGGCCGGAAGAAAUGAAAGAAACUCCGAUCCAGCACGUCCGCAUGACGGUCCAACCGUCCACCCAAUCGCCAACCAAAGUGGUGGCCCCUGCAGCGGCGACGUUGGUCCAGUGCCCGAGCAUCCGGCGGUUGCGAAACGAUCGCUCCUGUUCCUCGGUGCGGACGCAGUCGAGUUUCCGGAGCGAUUCAAAAGACGACGAGGAUGAGGAAGAGGAUCAGGAAGGUGACGACGAAGCCUCUUCUUCCACCUCAUCCGACGACGAUGACGAUGAACCCGAAACGAAUAAGAAAACGGCCUUGCCAUCCGUCAAAGUCCAGCCGCCAACUCCGGCAGCCACGACUUCCGGCGGAUCCAUUUCCGGUCUCAAAAAUCUGACGAAAAUUCUGCAGAAAUUCUCGGUGCCGGACGAGCCGCCGAGUUUCCCUCAGUCGAGUCGAUUGGUCAAUUCCGGAAUGAUCAAGAAAUCCUUUUCGUCGCAUCAAAUCCGCUCGACGACGACGCCUCCGGCUUUCCUGGGCGGACUCAGCAGCCACGACCUGGGCGGUCUGUCGCGCACUAAAAGCUCGUCGACUUUCGGCCCAGUUCCUCCUUCCUCGUUGACUCUGACUGGAUUGAGAGCGGAUGCCAUCCAUCUUCCGGCACCUCCGCCGGAUGCCAGUCAUUACGUGGAAGCGCCCGGUCCUACCUUGGUGGGCCUGAUGGCCCGCAACGUGUCAACCAUGUCGUCUGCCAUGUCGACAGCGGGCAGCAGUAACAGCAACAGCAUUGCCAGUUCGGCCCGGAAUUAUUCGGCGGCCAAUUUGAAAGCGGCUGCGACACCACCGGAUCUGUCGCCCACCAGUUUACUGAUGAAGAGCGUCUCUUCGUCCAGGAUCGUCUCUGAAGCCAAACAGCACCUGGAAAGACCAAAGAGUUUAGUAUUGAACACCAAUGCCAAUUCGCUGGCUCCGCCGGAAAUGUCGCCCGGAAUGGUGCGCCGGAAUCCGUCGGUGGGCACGAAACAAUACGAGGCCUCGCUAUCACCCGACAGCGCUGAGAAGAAGCAGCGUGAAAUUGCCCAGUUUUUCGGCUCGGCCACUUCUAUUCCGGCCGUUUCUCCGCUUCCGGUUGUUCCUCCAUCUCCUCCCACUGCCGCCAGGGCGAUGGCCGCCAGCAGCAGCGUGACAAAAUUGAAUCACCAUCACGCCCGAUCGGUGCUGAUGAGCCGCCAAUUGUCACUGGACAACAAUUCCGGCGGCAGUGACGUGGACGAAUUAUUCAAUCAACUUUUAGCCGAUCAAAUUCUCAGUCCGGAAGCGGCGGCCGCUCAUCGUUUUGUCGCCAAUCCAUUAAGCCUCGAGGCUACAAGUGACCGCAAAUCUUCGCCAUCUGUGGGCGGGACGAGUCGAAAUAAAUUCGCCGACCGUCGCAAGGCCUGGGAGGCGUCGACGUGCACCAGCAUGACGUUGCAUUCGAGUCUAAUGAUGCCCCCCCAGGCAACAGGAACUACUUUUUCGUCAUCCGAUGGUCCGGCUGACAUGAUCCAGCGCAGUAGCAUGAACAACGCAUUCGGCUCUUCGACCGUCCAGUCCAAAACUGAAGUGACGACGACGCGCCAGUCGAAUUUCACUCGGUCGGGUCAGCCCGGUCAGUCGGCGUUCAGCAAAUUCCAGCAACUGGAUCAAUCCAUCAAAUCGUCGACGAGUAAUAGCAAUAGCGCCACAACAAUCUCCAUGACAACCACAACAGCUGGUGGCGUUAUUAGUGGUGUUGGUAGUGGACUGCUGGGUGUCCCGCAACAGGAGAAACAGCCUAGCCGGCCGACCACGCCCAAUUUUUUGACCGUGCCGGCCAGUCCUAGGCCUCGUCUCAACACGGCCGAGAUCAAAGAGCGGAUGCUAAAAUUUUGCAAACGAGCCACCGUCGACUAUCAGAACGUGCAAAUAGAAAAUUUCAGCUCGAGCUGGAACGACGGGCUGGCAUUCUGCGCCCUCAUCCAUCACUUCUACCCGGACGCUUUUGAUUACAAUCAACUCGAAGCCAAGAACAAGAGAUACAACUUUACCUUGGCUUUCAAAACGGCAGAUGAAAAGGCCGGCAUCGCUCCGUUGCUGGACGUGGAGGAUAUGGUACUCAUGGCUCGUCCCGAUUGGAAGUGCGUCUUCACCUACGUCCAAUCUUUCUACCGGCGUUUCAAAGACGAAUAAUUAUUCUUGUUGGUUUAAUUGACAAAUUUGGAAUUUUUUGAUUAUCAAAUGAUGUGCCCACCCCCGCCAUUCUCUUUUUCUCUGUUAUUUUAUUAUUUUUUACUCCCCCCAGCAGAAAUGAAAAAUGCUUGCUGAUAUUCUUGCCCAGCCCGCCGCCCGCUGCUCCCACCUUUUUCAAUUUUCUUUCCCUCCCAUAUACCUUUUCCCAACGGUAUUAUUAUCAAAAUGUCUUUAAUUGUCGGUCGCUAGGUAGCGUCACUUGACAAACGCUUGUACGAGCCCACCGCUUUCAUCAUUAUU